AUGGCAAAGGCACGAGCUUUGGCAGAGGAGCAAGCAAAGGAACAGGAGCAGGCAAAGGCACGAGCUUUGGAGGAGCAAGCAAGGGAAUGGGAACAGGCAAAGGCACGAGCUUUGGCAGAGCAGCAAGCAAAAGAAGAGGAGAUGGCAAAGGCACGAGCAUUGGCAGAGGAGCAAGCAAGGGAACAGGAGCAGGCAAAGGCACGAGCUUUGGAGGAGCAAGCAAGGGAACAGGAGCAUGCAAAGGAGCAAGCAAGGGAACAGGAGCAUGCAAAGGCACGAGCUUUGGCAGAGGAGCAAGCAAGGGAACAGGAGCAGGCAAAGGCACGAGCUUUGGCAGAGGAGCAAGCAAGGGUACGACAGGAGCAGAAUCAACUCAUCGAAGCAACAAGGCAGAACAAAGCUCAGCUAGCAGAUGCACACAAGGCCCUUUUGCAGCUGGAGCAUCAGGUGCAAGACGAGCUCCGGAAUGCACAGGCAGUCAUGCAAGCUCAGGUGCAGCCCAAGAUGCUAGCAGCUCCAGCUUUGAAAGUUGAAGCUCCCACGCCCCUGACCUCGAAAGGAUCGAAUGGUUCAGAGACUCCACUGUCACAAACAAGCGAGGAUGCCCAAAACCCCUGGCUUUGUCGCAAGCUCUUUCCGAGCCCGGAACCGGUCACCAAUUGCUCCACUCCCUCUGAAACCCAGCAGACACUUUUGCAGUGCACCCAGGACAGCCUGUCGCAUGCAGUUCCCAAAGCCUGCAGCCCAAUAGGCCCGACCCCACCUUCUCAGGCAGCAGCCUCUCCACCGGCUUUGCCAAAGCAUCCUCCCGCAGCCCCAGCAGCCUCAGUUUUGCAAGUUGCUCCGAAAGCAAAGAGCCCGGCUGCUGUUAAGUCUGCACCGAGUGCUGUGGCCCCGCUCGUGUCAAAGCCGACACUUACGAAGCGAAUCUUGCGAUGCUUGGAACCAACCUCUAAAGGUACCUUCAAAGUUUCCAAAGAGAUUCGCGACAUGUACUAUGGCGGUGGCCGAUCCAGAGAACGUGCUCCUGCUUCCAGCAUCGGCGACAUCGCCGGAGCGAUCCUGAGAGAUGGCUGCUCGCUUCCGUCCCUUCAAGAAGUUCCUGUGUCGAGCUUGGAAGUCGCAACUUCUGGCCAGGGGGACCAACCAUUGUCCAUUCCUUUUCUAUCGGUUCCCAGCUAUGCAAAGGUAUUGCUCAAUCGAUACGAGCAGGUUCUGUUCGGAGGAUUGAAGGUGGGACCUCAGGCCGAGAAUAUGUUCAGCACGUUCUGGUCUCGGUACCGUUUCACGAACCCAGACCAUGUGGUAUACUCUCAGGUUAAUGAGCAAGAUCGCCGAUUCUACAUACCAUGUCUUCUUCACGGCGACAAAGGUCGCACGCUACAGAAAUCGCCGAUUUUCGUCCUGUCCUGGGAGAUACCAUUUGGUCUAGGCCCUGAUCUUCUGAAAUGCUGUGCAUACGACAACAAAGCUUAUGCAAGGAAGCAGUUUUCUGAUGGGAAGCUGAAGUGGACUUGUUCUGAGCGGCUGCACAACGCCGGAAUCAAACGAAAGUAUGCUGAUUUGCAUGAGUGUCCCAUGGUUUCGAGCCCCGGCUGCACUGGAGGGUCAAAGCUGAAUCCUGAUGCUCACCAGCGACACAAUUCCAAAGGACACUCCUACGUCAGCCGGUGGCUGGUUGCUGCAGUCCCCUCUAAAGUGUACAACAACAAUUCAAGAGCACUGCAAGCCCUUCUGAAAGAGGUGGCUUCUGAACUCACGAGUCUGUUCAAAGACGGCAUAGUCCAUGAGGCUUCUGGGACCCGUUUCCACUUCGCAUUCAUCGGUUGCAAGGGUGAUGCCGAAUUUCAUUGGGAAGCUGGUGAGUUCAACCGGAGCUAUCACAACACGGGACUCGUGAACGAGCAAAUGAUAUGUCACCAAUGCGAAGCAGGUGCUCCAGGCAUCAGCUUCAGCGACAGCAGAGACAGUCCGGCUUGGGCGGCCACCAUCGGCCGCAGCGAACCAUGGGAUGUUCUGCCGCCCUUAAACCACGCCCCGUACUCUACUCAAAACCCGGCAUCUCUUUACCUCUUCGACCCCUUUCAUGUGCUGAAGUAUGGGUUGUUCCGGGAUUGCAUCGGCAGCAUCGUGGUUCGAUUGUGUGCCAUGAAGUACUUUGAUUUCGAGGAUAGAGAUUUGAAAGGCAUAGAACCACGAUUGCAGCGAGCUUACUCGAUGUACAAGCUUUGGGCUCUUGCCGAAGGUAAGAACCUCACUUUGAAAAAGUUCACGAAAUCCAACAUGAACUUCGAGAAGUACAGCCAUUAUGCUUGGAUCAAUUGCAAAGGCUCGGAAGCGAGUCUUCUCCUGAUGUGGCUUGCUGCCUACUUAAGCCUUCUGCUAGAGCAGCCCAUCAAGGAGCAGUGGCACACAAAAGUUCUGCAAGCCAUGAGGCAAACGGUUCAAGCUGGUUUGACCUUCGUUGGGAUAAUGCACUCCCACGGUUUGUGGUUGCCUAGAGGCUGUGCGCAACUGCUCAUUGAUGCCGGUCUGGGAUAUAUGCGAGGAUACAACUUCCUCGCGAAGGACUGCAUGGACCGUGAGGUCACAGGUUUUCGAUUGAGAUUUCAUUGGCAGAUUAUCUCGAGUCUCAAGGCGGGUUCGGCUGCUGCUCUCCAGAAUGCUUCCGGAGUGAGGAGUGAGAAAAAGUGGGCCUACAUCGGCAAGAUGCAGCCAGGAGUGACCUUGCGCGACUUGGUCCACGCCAUCCCCUACUAUGCCAUCAAGCAGGGAUUGCUGACCGUGGAGAAGAAGGGGAAGAAGAACAUCUUCAACGGCCGCAUCCUGGAGAUCGAGGGCUUGCCGGACCUGAAGUGCGAGCAGGCCUUCGAGCUUUCGGACGCCUCCGCCGAGCGCUCCGCGGCGGGCUGCACCAUCAAGCUGAACGAGGACUCCGUGAAGGAGUACCUGACUUCCAACAUUACGCUGCUCAAGUGGAUGAUCUCCGAGGGCUACAGCGAUCCCCGUACCCUCGCCCGGCGUGUCACCAAGAUGGAGAAGUGGCUGGAGAGCCCCACCCUCAUGGAGGCUGACAAGGAGGCCGAGUACGCUGCCGUCAUCGACAUCAACCUGGAUGAGCUGAAGGAGCCGGUCUUGUGCUGCCCCAACGAUCCUGAUGAUGCCAAGACCCUGACGGAGAUUGGAACCGCCGGAAUCGACGAGGUGUUCAUUGGCUCUUGCAUGACGAACAUUGGCCACUACCGAGCCGCCGGAAAGAUGCUUUCGCAGUUCGACGGCCAGCUGUCCACUCGCUUGUGGAUUGCCCCCCCGACCAAGAUGGACGAGGAGCAACUCACCAAGGAGGGCUACUACUCCGUCUACGGAAAGGUCGGUGCCCGGACCGAGAUGCCCGGUUGCUCCCUUUGCAUGGGCAACCAGGCGCGAGUGGCCGACAACGCCACCGUGGUGUCGACCUCCACCCGUAACUUCCCCAACCGUCUGGGCAAGGGCGCCAAUGUCUACCUGGCAUCCGCAGAGCUCGCAGCAGUGGCAGCCAUCCUCGGACGGCUCCCAACCAACGAGGAGUACCUGAAGUACCAUGCGGAGCUGGCCAAGAGCUCGGACUCCAUCUACCAGUACCUGAACUUCGAUCAGGUGGAGGACUACGUUGCGAAGGCUGGCAAGGUGCAGAUGUCCGAGUACUCCUAA